UUGCAUUAACUCCUUCCUCCACCCCUCCCUCUCACCAACAACAACAUUAACACCUCUAUAGCAAGCCAUAAAUGCAAUUUCAUCCUCUCUAUACGCUUUGCAUUAACUCCUUUGUUGCCACUUCUCUCCCACCUCUUCCCUUUCCCUUUUCCCUCUUCACCUUCUCAUCACUCCCCCACCCCCCAACCACCCCACCCUACCCUCUCACACUUUUUCUUUGUCUUUUUCAACUCUAUCUCUUUCUUUUUUUCAUCCUUAGCCUCAAAAACUAUUCUUCUUAAAUUCUAGUCACAAGAAAAGUGUUCAAAUUUGAACCUAUAAGAAAAUAUAUAUGUCUAUCUAUCUACAUGUUGACUCUCCAAAAAGUUAGUUGUUGUUGUUUUCCAGCAACCCUUUUGCCUGAAAAUCAGAUUUAACCAUUUUCUCUCUUUUGUCAAAAACCCUAAUACUUCAACGAAAAAAAAGGUUCUCUUGCUUUUGUCACAAGGCGUCUCAACGACUCAUAAAUAUCGACAUAUAUAGAAAGGAGAGAGAAAUUGUUUUAUGGCUUGAAGGGCUUAUGUCAUAUAUGCUAUGCAUAAGUGGUAAAAAGUCCACCGCCAUGAAGUUUCCGACAGGCUUUGAGAGGUAGCAGGUAUUCUGUGAAAAUUAAACGUCAUUAAUUAGCUUUGCAAGAAGGAACAAAAUAACUCAAGAUGUUUCAGCAUAACAUGUUCGAUAGCCACAAUUUUUUGCUUGAUAUGACUCGUAAGACACCCGAAAACGAGCUGGAUUUAAUUCGAGAUGAUGAAUUCGAAAGCAAAUCGGGUACUGAUAUCAUGGAAGCCCCGUCUGGAGACGAUCAAGAUCCUAAUAAACGUCCCAAGAAGAAGCAGUACCAUCGACACACUCAACAUCAAAUUCAAGAAUUGGAGUCGUUUUUUAAAGAAUGUCCACAUCCUGAUGAUAAACAAAGAAAAGACUUGGGGAAAAGAUUAGGGUUAGAGCCUUUGCAAGUCAAGUUUUGGUUCCAAAACAAACGUACUCAAAUGAAGUCUCAACAUGAACGGCAUGAAAACACACAAUUGAGGAAUGAGAAUGAGAAACUUCGUGCCGAAAAUAUAAGGUAUAAAGAAGCACUUACCACUGCAACAUGUCCAAAUUGUGGCGGCCCUGCUACCAUAGGGGAAAUGUCAUUUGAUGAGCAACAUCUGAGGAUUGAAAAUGCUCGUCUAAGAGAAGAGAUUGACAGGAUAUCUGGAAUUGCAGCAAAAUAUGUUGGUAAACCAAUGCUAAAUUAUCCUCAACUUCCUUCACUUGGACCACCAACUCGUUCACCACUUGAUCUUGGAAUAACUGCGGCAAAUCUUGGUCAUCAAUUAGGAGAAAUGUUCACAACUAGUACUAGUGCCGGUGACCUUCUUAGAUCAAUUUCUGGUCCAACUGAGGCUGACAAGCCAAUUAUUAUUGAGCUUGCCGUUGCAGCAAUGGAAGAAUUAAUUCGAUUAGCUCAAACUGGAGAACCCUUGUGGAUUCAAAGUUCGGAAAAUAAUCCUAAUGAGGUCUUAUUAAAUGAGGAGGAAUAUGCUAGGACAUUUCCUCGAGGAAUUGGACCAAAGUCACUGGGUUUUAAAUCUGAAGCUUCACGAGAAUCAGCCGUUGUCAUUGUGAAUUACGUUAAUCUGGUGGAAAUUUUGAUGGAUGUGAACCAAUGGACAAACUUUUUCACGGGCAUAGUGUCAAAAGCAACGAUAUUGGAAGUCCUAUCGACUGGCGUGGCUGGAAACUACAAUGGUGCUUUGCAAGUGAUGACAGCUGAGUUCCAAGUACCUACGCCGCUUGUUCCAACUCGUGAAAACUAUUUUGUGAGAUAUUGUAAACAACAUGCUGAUGGGGCAUGGGCUGUGGUUGAUGUUUCUGUGGACAAUUUGCGGUCUACUUCAGUGUCACGCUGUAGAAGAAGGCCAUCUGGUUGCGUAAUUCAAGAAUUGCCCAAUGGUUACUCCAAGGUUACAUGGAUUGAACACGUUGAGGUUGAUGAUAGAGCUGUUCACAGCAUCUAUAGACCUCUUGUUGAUUCAGGUCUGGCAUUUGGUGCAAAAAGGUGGGUAGCAACAUUAGAAAGAAUAUGUGAACGACUUGCAAGUGUAAUGGCCAGUAACAUCCCAACUGGAGAUGUUAUUACAAGUCCAGAAGGUCGAAAAAGUAUGCUAAAACUUGCUGAGAGGAUGGUGAUGAGCUUUUGUGCUGGAGUUGGUGCAUCCACUGCUCACACAUGGACAACAUUGUCUGGUAGUGGCGCUGAUGAUGUCAGAGUUAUGACAAGAAAGAGCAUAGAUGAUCCAGGGAGGCCUCCUGGUAUUGUGCUGAGUGCAGCAACUUCUUUUUGGCUGCCAGUUCCUACAAAGAGAAUUUUUGACUUCCUUAGGGAUGAAAAUUCUAGAAAUGAGUGGGACAUUCUUUCAAAUGGUGGCUUAGUUCAAGAAAUGGCACACAUUGCAAAUGGUCGUGAUUCUGGCAACAGUGUCUCUCUGCUGCGCGUUAAUAGUGGAAACUCCACCCAGAACAACAUGCUGAUACUCCAAGAGAGUUGCCUAGACUCUACAGGCUGCUAUGUUAUUUAUGCACCGGUUGAUAUUGCUGCAAUGAAUGUGGUGUUGAGUGGUGGUGAUCCUGACUAUGUGGCUCUUUUGCCUUCUGGUUUUGCAAUACUCCCUGAUGGCUCUUCUAAUGCUAGUAGUGCUGAGAAUACUAAUGUUGCUGGUGGUUCCUUACUGACAGUUGCAUUUCAGAUACUUGUUGAUUCUGUCCCAACUGCAAAACUUUCUCUUGGAUCUGUUGCAACUGUUAAUAGUCUCAUCAAGUGUACUGUUGAAAGGAUCAAAGCCGCUAUACAGGGUGAAAACGCAUAGCCAGAACCUAAGUUGAAAUUCAAAAGGAGGAGGAAGAAGAAGAAGAGAAGGAUUUGUUUACAUAAAUAUUUGUAGUUGAGGAGAAGGGAAAGAAGUCAAGAACGCACCUCAAGUACUUAGGUUCGGGUAUUGACUUCAUCAUUGUUGAAAUUAAUUAUGAUGUAAACAAAUUUUCUUCUUUUAUUUCUUUGAAUUCCUUUAGUUAAAUCAAGCCUUUUCUUUUCUCAUGUUGAAUGUUUAUCGUUUUAUUUUUGCUUAGGGCGAAGACCAGUUCCUUUCUCCAACUAUUAACUUUUGUGGAGAAUUGCAAAAUGUUAAAAAUUUCUAAAUGUCUUUAAGAGGCUUUUAUGAAGUAUUUAUAGAUCUUCUAUAUUGGCAA